AUGUAAUUCUCAAAGAAUACAACUCAAGAAUAGAUAGAGUAAAUAGUAAAUAGAUUAUUGAAUCAUGGAUUUCAAUCUUAUAAGACAAGAAAUCUAUAAAAUGAUAAGAUUUUAUUGUUCAUAUGUAUUUGUGACCCAAAGAUAAUAUUGGAAUAGGCAGAAUAGAUGUAAUUAUAUAAAGUAUGUAUAACAACAUUAAUUAGUUAGUGAUUGAUCGUUCUAAUUCUUAGAUGCAUGAAAUUUAUAGAAAGAUAGCUGAGAAAAUUAAUAUAAGAAAAAUCUUAGAUGAGAGAUUAAUUAUAGCAUUGAAUUAAAUAGAUAAGAGGAUAGUUUUAUUUGAAAAUUACUUAAAAUUUAAAUAUGACUUAAAAAGUGAUUUCUGUUUAUAAAAUGAUGAUGCAGAAGUCAUAAAGAUAUUUAGUCCAUCAGAAACAUUACUUAUUAUAUAUAAUUAUUUACAUACCAUCAAAAUUGGAGAUUUAGAUAUGAUUCAUUUUCUAAAAACGGAAGAAUAUUUAUAAUAAGUAACUCCAAUUCAUGAUGAAUUAGUAUCAUUGAAUACAGUCUCUGAUAUAGAGAGAUAUUUUGGAGGUAAUUUAGCAGUAUAUUUUGAAUUUAUGAACUUCUAUUAAUCGAUGCUUAAAUAUUUAGCAAUUGCAGCAAUCAUAACAUUAAUAAUUGAUCAUUAAAGCACUCUUUUUAAAAUAACUAAUGUAGCUAGUUUUUAUGCAGUUUUAACAAUGGUUUGGUCAACAUUCUUUAUAAUAGCUUGGCGUAGAAAAGAAAGCGAAUUAAGUAUAGAAUGGGGUGUUUUUGGAUAAUAACAUAUUAAACGAUUAGAUCUUAAUCCUGAAUAUAAAGGCACUCCUAAAAUUAAUUAUAUUACAGGCUUAGUCAAAAAUAGUUAUCCAACAAGUAGUAGAAUAUUCUAUUAUAUGGUAUCUUUAUUUGAAGCCAUUCCAAUACUUAUUAUUGCUGGCUUAAUUAAGAUUAUUGUAUUUAAUAUAAAUGGACUCAUUAGAAGUGAAACCAGUAUUUUCUAUAUCAGUUUUGCAUCUAAAUUAAAUUAACCAGGAGGCUUACUAUUUUAUAAAUACACUACCAAUGUGCUUGAUAUUUGUACUAUCCUCUUGAUAUUUUAUAUCAAUACUCUAUAUACUAAAGUUUGUAUUAAUUCGACAAAAAGAGAAAAUCAUAGAACGAAUUUGAGAUUCUAUAACUCUUUGAUUCUUAAACGAUUCUUGUUUGAAUUGAUUAAUAGAUUCUUUCAUUUAUUUUAUAUUGCAUUUAUUGAAUUUGAUAUCCCAACCUUAAGAAAUCUAUUAAUUAAAUUAUUUGUUAUGGAUUAAAUUAGAAGAGUCUUAUUUGAAUCUUUAUUGCCAAUGUUAAUGAAAUAAUAAUAAGAAAAAUAAAAAGAAUAGUAUAGAUUAAAUCUAUAAAAAAAAGAAGAUAUCAAUGAAAAAAUUGUUGAUAGAAUAGUAUUUCAUUCAUUUUAUUCUUCUAGGCAGAACUUGAACUCUGGGAAUAUGAUGAUUUUGAUGAUUAUAUUGAAGUUAUAUUUCAAUAUGGAUACAUUGUGUUAUUUGCAGCUAUUUUCCCUUUGGCUGCAGCAUUAACCUACAUUUUCAACUUCAUUGAAAUAUGGAGUGAUAAAUUUAAAUUAGCGUAUUUGUUUAUUUUAUUCAUCAUAGAAAUAAAUUGUAUUAAAGAAAUUUACCAAAAAAAUCUCACAGCAUUGGUGAAUGGAGAACUGUUCUAAUGACAUUGUCUAUUUUAUCUAUCUAUACCAAUACAGCUUUUAUUGCUUUUGCUUAUUUCAAUGUAUUCGAUGCAUGCUAGAAAUCACGUUGCGAUUGGGAAAAUAUUCUUAUUCUUUUAUUUAUUAUAGAACAUUUUUCUUUAGGUUUAAAGUAUGUUGUAUAACAAACAAUCAACUCAAAACCAAAGUGGGUGAGAAUUGUAUUGAGAAGAAUGAAAAAGAGAAGAAGUUUUAAUUGA